AUGGCGGGGACACUGCGGGACUUGCAGCUCGCUCUUCAGCUGAAGAUCGAGGAGCUGCGGCAGAGAGACACGCUGAUAGACGAGCUGGAGCUGGAGCUGGACACGAAGGACGAUCUGAUCAGACAGCUGCAGAUAGAGCUGGACAGACAUCGCAUAGUCACGUCGAAACCAACUAGUAACAACUCUGGGACACCACUGCCAUCCCCUGUUGGUCCAGAUGAGCCUCAGCGCUCAAAAAGACAGGCUAUAUCUGCUGAGCCCACAAGCCUGGACCCAUCCCAACUGUCAGAUGUAACUCUAACCAGUUAUUGUAAGACAAAGGAGUCUAGGGACUUGAUCCAAAGAGCACUGAUGGACAAUGACUUCAUGAAACACCUGGAGCAUGGACAAAUCAUCACAAUCAUGGACUGUAUGUAUCCCACAAGUGUGGCCAGUGGCUGCUGUGUCAUCCAGGAAGGAGAUGAUGGCUCCACUGUCUAUGUUUUGGAAGAAGGGACAGUUCAGGUGAUGAAGCAAGGGAAGAAACUGUGCACAAUUGGCCCAGAAAAAGUGUUUGGUGAACUGGCCAUUCUGUACAACUGCACCCGAACGGCUACUGUCACCGCCCUGACUGAUAUCACACUUUGGGCCAUUGACCGUCAGAUCUUUCAGACCAUCAUGAUGCGGACCGGACUGAUCAAACACUCCCAGUACACGGACUUCCUGCGCAGCGUUCCAUCAUUUCAGACUCUUCCUGAAGACGUUCUCAGUAAACUUGCCGAUGUCUUGGAGGAGACUCAUUACAACGACAGUGACUACAUUAUCCGCCAGGGAGCAACGGGAGACACUUUCUUCAUCAUCAGUGAAGGAAAGGUAAAAGUGACCCAGCAGAAUUCCAAUGGGGAGCAGGUGAUGGAGAAGAAUAUGACCAAAGGAGAAUGGUUUGGAGAGCAAGCAUUGAAAGGUGAGGAUGUGCGCACGGCCAGCGUCACAGCUAUCGGAGAUGUCACAUGUCUGGUCAUCGACAGAGAGUCUUUCAAGCAGCUCAUUGGAGGGCUGGAUAGUGUCAACAAUAAACAGUACGACAGUGAUGAGCUCAAGGCCAAAUUACAGGCAGAGGCAGACUUCUUCUCCAGUGUUUCACUCAAUGAUUUUAAUGUCAUCUGUACUCUGGGGAUGGGAGGAUUCAGUCGUGUGGAGCUGGUGCAGUUAAAGAGUGACCCAAAUCGAUCGUUUGCCCUGAAGGUGUUGAAGAAAAGGCACAUCCUGGACACCAGUCAGCAGGGCCACAUCUUGUCAGAGCGUCGGAUCAUGAUUGAGGCUCAUAGUCCGUUCAUUAUAAGGCUGUAUCGAACAUUCAGAGACACCAAAUAUCUGUACAUGCUGUUGGAAGUGUGUCUGGGGGGAGAGCUGUGGACUCUGCUCAGAGAACGGGGUUUGUUUGACGAUGGCACCACUCGCUUCUACACAGGAUGUGUUAUUGAGGCGCUGGCCUUUCUUCACUCUAGAGGCAUCAUCUACAGAGACCUGAAGCCAGAAAACAUCAUCCUGGACCACAGGGGAUAUGCCAAACUUGUUGACUUUGGUUUUGCAAAGAAAGUAGGUUUAGGAAAAAAGACAUGGACAUUCUGUGGAACUCCGGAGUAUGUUGCACCGGAGAUCAUACUGAACAAAGGUCAUGACAAUUCGGCCGACUGCUGGUCUUUAGGGAUCCUCAUCUUCGAGCUGCUCAGUGGAAGCCCUCCCUUUUCAGGCUCUGACCCAAUGAAAACCUAUAACAUCAUCCUCAGAGGCAUCGACAUGAUUGCGUUCCCCAAAAAAAUCACCAAGAGUGCCGCUAUUCUCAUCAAACGGUUAUGCAGAGAUAACCCGUCAGAGAGACUGGGCAAUCAGAAGAACGGCAUCAAAGACAUUCAGAAACAUAAAUGGUUCGAAGGCUUCAACUGGGAAGGCCUGCGUCAGGGCACAAUAGACGCUCCGUUUACGCCUUCAGUGGAGGGGCCGCUCGACAACAGCAACUUUGACUUUUUCCCAGAGGACACUGAAGAGACCCCAGAGGAAGACUCAGGCUGGGACCUUGAGUUUUGA